AUGACUUCGUUCAUCAUUCAAGGUACAUCUAAACCUAAUCCUAAACCCGAGAAAAAUACCCGAAGCUCUCUCUCUCUGUCCAUUAUCUAUAUUUUCUCCCCACGGCUCCGGCGACCACACACGGCUCCGGCCGCCCGGUUCACACCAUACAUUCAACUCCGCAUCGGAGGGCUUUUGGCCAACACCCCCGGGUGUGGUCUAUUUACUCUAGUCUUUUUCAAAGGAAACGAGAAAGAGAGAGAAGGAAGAUCGAAGGUUGAAGGAUCUAGAAGCGAAUAUUCUCCCCACGAGUUAUACUCAACGCAUGCUCAAGGAAUCCGUUCGUCCUAUUUUCCAAUCCACCGAAGCCUUCCAAACAACCAUGGUUGGAAGCAAGCGCACGAGGAGCAAAACCGCCACAAUGGCUCAAUCCGUGACUGCCCAAAGAUACUCCUCCCACGAUCCCGCGAUCAACAUGGCGGCUCCACCUCCUCUCGCCGCCAUGAACCCGCAGCAAACCCUGCACCACAGCAGCCACCCCGUGCGACUGGAACCACCGCACCAGCCUCUGCCGUCGUCGUACCAUCUCAAGGUCCUGUGGCCGGAUCUAGCCACCUUCAUAGCACCGCCACCGAGCAUGGUGGAACCUCCCAUCAAGAUGGACUCACUACCACCGCCGACUUUGGCCCAAUCUUGGAGCAACUUCAAGCAUUCCCUCCAUUGCCUCCACGCUCGACGCAAGCUCCCAUGUACACAUCUAAUGAAACCCUAGCCCGUGUGCAAUUGGGUUCCACACAUUUCUCUCAUCCCGAUCCACGAAGUCAAGUAGACCCUAAUCUGAGAGUUGACCAGCUAACUCAGAGAAUGGACGACCGAAACAAUUUGAUGAGGCAGCUCCUCAACCAAAUAAACUUGGCUCAAAACCAUGGCCUUGGACAAUAG